CACGUGACCAAAACCACUGCAGCCGCUGCUUCUGGUUUAUAGAAACGAUAGGAAGCGGUUACCAUAGUAGCAGCGGCCUAGCUGCAGGCUGUAUAUAUCCAAAUGGAACUUAUGGAAAUUCUGGAACCAGAAGAUAUACCCAAAGAAUCAACAUGGUAUGCCCUUGUUCCACGCGGCGAGGCUCCACAUUCACGUGUAGGUCAUACCUGUAUGUAUUUACCUGCCACUGAAGAGUCAGAAAAAGGAAAAGUUCUCAUUAUUGCUGGGGCAAAUCCUGAUAGCUGCUUUUCUGACACCCACAUCCUAGACCUUGACAGUCAUGAGUGGGACGGCUCAGACUGGGAUGGAUUGUUACCUCGUUACGAGCAUGGUAGCUUUAUUGCUCAUAGUGAUCCAAGGAGCAUUUGGGUUUUUGGCGGAGCUGAGCAAUCACUGAAUAGAAACUGUGUUCAGGUAUUUCACCCAGGAAGCUCUGCAUGGAAAAGUGCAAAAGUAAAGGGAGAAGCCCCCUCUCCUAGAACUUUUCACACAUCAUCCUCUGCCAUUGGAGACAAACUGUAUGUUUUUAGUGGGGGAGAAAAAGGUGCAGAGCCUGUACAGGACACUCGGCUGCAUGAAUAUGAUGCAGCCUCCAUGACAUGGACUCAGCCAACUACAUUUGGGAACCCACCUGCUCCUCGCCAUGGUCAUGUUACGGUAGCAGUAGGCACAAAGCUGUUCAUACAUGGUGGCAUGGCAGGUAGUGCGUUUUUUGAUGACAUGUUCUGCAUUGACACAGGUACAAUGAAAUGGGAGCAUCUGAAGUUGAAGGGAGAUGUUCCUCCUGCUUGUGCGGCCCAUUCUUCUGUAGCCUUGAAAACCUACAUUUAUAUCUUUGGUGGAAUGACUGAGUUGGGACCAGUGAAUACCAUGUACCAGUUUGACACAGAAUCAUUAUUUUGGACCAAGAUGAAAUUUGAAUCAUCAUGUCCACAAGCACGUUUAGAUCAUUCUAUGUGUCUACUGCCAUGGAAAAUACGAACUGAACUUUCUAGCACAGAAAAACCUCAUAUUAAACCAAAGGACAAUGAAGACACAAAUGAUCAUUGUGAUAAAGACUUGGAAUGCAGUAAACUGGACGAGGUGCCCCUCUGUUUAAUAUUUGGUGGCAUGAAUAUCAGUGGAGACCUGUACAGUGACUGUUGUGUAACUUUACUGCAAAAGUAAAACUCGACCUUUUAUAUGUUUUAAUCACUGUAUAAAGUAGACCGAAUAU